AUGCGAUCCCCUCUUUCUUUGAUCGCGCCAGCCUUCGCUGUGGCACUGCUGCUCCCCGCAGCGACGAGCCUGGUCCAUGGACCCUACGAGCUCCAACACUGGUUUGAAACCCGCCACGAGAGAACCAAGUCAGCCGAGGGACCUAGAUUGACACCGUCACUGGUCAUUGACACCUUCCAAGACCUGCUCCACAAUGACCUGGGAUUCUGGCACGGCACCGGCGAGAAUUUGACCCUCCAGCAUGAGCCUGGCUCCAUGCGCCUGUUUCCUACUCACCCCGACCAGAACUUCCAUACGCAAUUUAAUGCAUAUGGGUGCUUCAGCCUCCUUCCAUGGCAGGAUCACUUCCUGCAUGUGGUUUUUGAGGGGAAUGAAGAUUUUACUGUCUCACUGAACGAGAACAAUGCGGAGUGCUCCCCAAACCGGGCUCCGUUUCCUGGCGUGCCCGAUAGCGUGCAGGCGUCGAGAUACGUUAUGAGAACAAGGGAGGAGAGUUCCGACGAUGGAACGGAUGACUGGGAUGAGGGCUUCAAGUUGGUCCAGCAGCCGGAGAUGAAGAAGCCGCCGCCCACCAACAACAGCUACCGGGACGAUGUGCACGAUGAUAACGGCCAAGCUCCAGCAUAUUCAGAGAGGACCGAGUUGUUCAUUCCUCUAUCUCAUUUUCGGAUCAAUCAGCAUCGCGUUGUCUCGGUCUCUUUCAGCGGCUUCUACACCAAGGAGCCCAUCCUCAUCCACCGUGUGGAGUUUGUGUCGAAUAUCCCUGCCCCAUCCCCAUCCAACAAUCAAUUCACCAUCCCAGAAAAGCUUCCCACGGGACAGCUAGUCCUCCGCUGCAGUCGACCCAAUUCAUUCGCCUUCGGCAUUGAUGAUGGGCAGCCUCAAUAUGCACAAGAUGUAAUGAGAAUCCUUGACGAGGAGGACGUUCGGGCCACAUUCUUUGCUGUCGCAGCUGGACUCAGGGAUAGCUCGACCAAUUUCACCACAUUCUACCAGGAGAUGUUGAAAAAGGGGCACCAGGUUGCUUUGCAUUCCAACACUCAUCCUAGAAUGGAAGGGCUACCGACCCUCGGUCAGAUUGAUCAGGAGAUUGUUCAAUCUAUGUUGACAAUGCGGGACGAGUUAGGCAUUGACUGUACGUCGAUCUUUCCACACCAUGUGGGAAUGACACUUACCAAGGAUCCCAACAGCCUCAUACUUCCGCCCCCCUUCGGUACUGUCGGUGCGCGGAUGCGUCAGCAGCUCGCACAACAUAUUCGCAACCCGUACAUCGUGAAUUGGAGCGUUGACGUCGAAGACUGGCUGUGGGCCAAUACGUCGACUCCAGAAAAGCAGCUGGAGGCAUUUUACCGCGACAUCGCCAGAGGUGGCAACCUCGCUGUGAUGCACUUCCUAGAUCCAACAACUGUUGCGUACCUCCCGCAAUUCAUCAGACAUGUCAGGGAUGCUGGACUCCAUAUUAUGCGAGUCGAUCAGUGUCUGGAGGAUCCGAACAGCCCAAACUUGUGA